CGGCAAAGGUGUCCGUUGCCUUCCCGAGCCCACCUGCGCCUCCGGUUUCGCCCUUCUCGUGCUCUCAUCCUCACCCUCUCGCUCUCGCUCUCUCCAUAAGUAUCCUGCUGUUCUGCUCACCUGGCUCAGCUCAUAGACCAUAGCUCACACAAGUGUCCAACCCAACCAGUCUCGCAUCGAUCGGUUGAUACUCCUGUUCGGUUUGCUUCGUAUGGCGGAGGCCAAGACUGCGCCUGCUGCUGGUGCGUCGGCGGCGGCAGAUGUGAGUUCCGGGGAGCGGGGGAAGACGGUGGUGGUGGUCGGGGUGGACGACAGCGAGCACAGCUACUACGCGCUCGAGUGGACGGUGCAGCACGUGGCGGCCGGCAUGGCGGGCGCGGCCGAGCUUGUCAUCGUCCACGGCAAGCCGUCCCCCUCCUCCGUCGUCAGCUUCGGCGGACCCGGUAUUGGCCGAGCUGGGGAGGCGAUGAGGUACGUGGAGGCCGACCUGCGCAAGAUGGCCGAGGUGGUCGUCGAGAGGGCGCGCCGCGUCUGCGUCGCCAACUCGGUGCACGCUCUGAUCGAGGUGAUCGAAGGGGAGCCCAGGUACGUGCUCUGCAACGCGGCCGAGAAGCACCACGCAGAUCUGCUGGUCGUGGGCAGCCAUGGAUACGGCGCGAUCAAAAGGGCUCUCCUGGGGAGCGUGAGCGACUACUGCGCCCACCACGCGCACUGCUCCGUGAUGAUAGUGAAGGAGCCCAAGUCCAAAUGCUGAGCAUGCGUGCACAGCCAGCCAGCCAGUGCCAAUUCCAAUCACAAGCUGUGUCGGCGAGCGUGCCGUAUGCGUUCAUACUUCAUACUUGUAUGUACAUCGGAUGAUGUUUGUGUGUGCACUGGUUUUUAUCUGCAUCGGUCCAAAGAUGUUCGAGCGUCAUAUAAUGCUUUUAGCUGGACAUGUAGCUCAUUGUACCACAAUUCUACAUGUCUUUUCGCUUAGUGUCGCAGGUUGCAAUGUUUAUGUUAAAAUCACAGUUGAUAUUUUGAUCA